AUGAUAUGUCUUCACGAUGUCCAUUUUCUGUUCAUCGUAUGGCAAUCAUUGGUUGUCAAUUAGGAAAGAGUAUUGGUGAAUGGUUUGGUCCAUUCACUGCAUCCCAGGCCAUUAAAGCUCUAGUGGAAGACUUUCCAGGAGCUCAAUUAAGUGCAUAUAUAACAAAAGAUGGUGUAGUUUACAAAAAUGAUGUCUACAAAACAGCAAAAAAUAAUAAACAGAACAAAGAUUUCCAAUCAAUCUUAAUUUUGGUGGCCAUUCGAUUAGGAAUAAAUAAUUUAAACCCAAUAUAUUAUGAUGCUCUCAGGGCAUAUUUCAGAUUUCCUCAGAGCGUAGGGAUAGCGGGGGGAAAACCUUCAUCAUCUUAUUAUUUUAUCGGAACACAAGCCGAUGGAUUAUUCUAUCUUGAUCCACAUCAUUCACGUCCUGCCAUAGAAUUGAAAUCUAAUGAUCAACUUACCGAAGAAGAACUAUUAACUUAUCAUUGUGAUGUACCACGCAAGAUAUCUAUUUCACAAUUGGAUCCAUCCAUGUUACUUGGAUUUUAUUGUAAGACAAAGGAUGAUUUUGAAGAUUUUUGUAGUCGAGUAGAAAAGAUCAGCCAACCAGUAUUCACUAUUGCACAAGAAGCACCUGAUUACAGUGAUGAUGAUUGCGGUGUAUUUUCCGAAGAUGAUGAUGAAUUUGAUAAAAGCAAUGAUAAAAGCGAUGAUGAUAAAAGCGAUGAUGAUAGCGAUGCUGAUAAUAAUUUCACAGAACAAGUAAUUGAAUUGGACAAUGUCAUCGAUUGA